AUCUAUUCUCCAAAAACAAUGGCAGAAAAUUCUCCUAAUUAUGCACAAGUCCAUCAAAUCAAAUAUGUAAAACUUGGAUACCAUUACUUAAUAUCAAAUGCAAUUUAUCUCCUCAUUGUUCCAAUUCUUGUUGCCAUGCUACUUCAUCUUUCAACCCUUACUCUUGAUGAUCUCAUAAACCAUCUUGCCAUGUUGAAAUCUUGUUCAAUUAUUGUUUUUUUCUUAACCAUGGUAUACUUGAUGAGUCGUCCAAGAAAUGUUUACUUGGUCGAUUUUGCGUGUUACAAGUCACAUGAACGUUUUAUGAUGUCUAAACAAUAUCUGAUAGAAAAAUUGUCCGAUAUGUUUGAUGAAGAGAGUUUAUUGUUUCAAAAGAAAAUUUUGGAGAGGUCAGGUUUAGGUGAUAAGACGUACAUUCACAACGAUGACAAUGGCUCAAGUAUGCCAUUUAAAUUUUCCCUUAGUAGUAACCAAUAUGAAGCAAAAAAUGUUAUAAUUGGUGCUAUAGAUGAUCUGUUGACGAAAACAACGGGAGUGAAGAUUGGAGAUAUUGGGAUUAUUAUUGUGAAUUCUAGUGCGUUUAAUCCAUCGCCUUCUCUUUGUUCCAUGAUUGUUAACCAUUAUAAGCUUGGAGACAAUGUGAUUACUUAUAAUCUUACUGGCAUGGGCUGCAGUGCUGGACUCAUUUCUGUCCACCUUGCUAACCAGCUUUUACAGGGGAAACGCAACACGUAUGCACUUGUAGUAAGCACAGAAAUAAUCUCAACGGCCUUCUACUUAGGGAAGCAGAGAUCAAAGCUUUUACCAAAUUGUCUUUUCCGGAUGGGUUCAUCUGCUAUUCUUCUUUCAAACCGUUCCUCAGAUCGUAGAUGCUCCAAAUAUCGACUGAUGCACAUUGUCCGUACCCAUAAAGGUGCGGAUGACAGAGCUUAUAGAUGUGCCUACCAAGAAGAGGAUGAGGAUGGAAAGAAAGGCGUAACAUUGUCAAAAGACUUGAUGGCAGUUGCUGGUGAGGCCUUAAAAACUAAUAUCACAACUCUUGGCCCUUUAGUCCUCCCAAUGUCUGAGCAGCUACUCUUUUCCGCCUCAUUAAUUGUGAGAAAUGUCUUGAAGAAGAAAAUGAAACCAUACAUCCCUGAUUUCAAGAUGGCGUUCGAGCAUUUCUGUAUACAUGCAGGAGGGAGAGCUGUGCUGGAUGAGCUUCAGAAGAAUCUUGACCUCCCGGAAUUUCUUAUGGAGCCUUCAAGAAUGACUCUUUAUAGAUUCGGAAACACUUCAAGUAGCUCAAUUUGGUACAAUUUGGCCUAUUCCGAGGCCAAAGGGAGGAUAAAGAAGGGUGACAGAGUAUGGCAAAUUGGUUUUGGAUCAGGCUUCAAAUGUAACAGUGUUGUAUGGGGUGCGCUGAGGACUGUCGAUGCAGCCAAACAAAAGAACCCUUGGACAGAUGAGAUUCAGGAUUUCCCUGUUCAUCUCCCAUGUUGA